AUGGCGCUCGGCCUCCGCAUCGGCGCGCCUCCCAGCGACGCCGUGGUGUCCGCGGCCGCGAGCGGCGCCAGCAGCGCCGCCUGCGCCGCCGUCUGCUCCUCCGCCGCCCUCCGCCUCUUCUCCUUCGGCGCAUCGGCCCACCCCUGGUGCUGCUCGGCGCGCCGCUCGCCCCUCUCGAGCCUCUCCCUCUUCGUGGGCGGACGGGCGUACGCGAACAGCUCGUCGGCGUCGCCCGCCGCCGCCCGCCUUUCCGCGGGCACGAUGACAAAGGUCAUGGACGAUCCGGGCAUGUCAAACGGCUUGGAGGGACCCGGCUCGGGAACCGAAGGCCCAACAAAGGCCAAGGUUGAUCCGGCCAUGUCAAUAAUGCACGGGUCGGGGGGGCACGGGUCGGGGGGGCACGGGUCGGGGGGGCACGGGUCGGGGGGGCACGGGUCGGGGGGGCACGGCGGGGGGCACGGCGGGGGGCACGGCGGGGGGCACCGCGGGGGGCACGGCCUGCAAAUCACGAGCACCACGACGGCGAUGAUGAGAAUCAGGAUGAUGACAACGAGAAUGACGACAACAAUGAUGAUGACGGUCCAGCAGUUCUCGCACGGCGGCGAGGGCGGGACUGAAGGCGGUGGCGGCAGAGGUGGCGGCGAGGGCGGCGGCGACGGCGGAGGAGGCGAGGGCGGCGGCGAGGGCGGAGGAGGAGAGGGCGGUGGAGAGGGCGGCGGCGAGGGCGGAGGAGGCGAGGGCGGCGGAGAGGGCGGCGGCGAGGGCGGAGGCGAGGGCGGCGGAGAGGGCGGCGGAGAGGGAGGCGGGCUCGGCGGCGGCGGAGACGGAGGUGGCGGCGAGGGCGGCGGCGAGGGCAGAGGAGGCGAGGGCGGCGGAGAGGGCGGCGGCGGCGAGGGCGGAGGAGGCGAGGGCGGCGGAGAGGGCGGCGGCGGCGAGGGAGGCGGCGAGGGAGGCGGGCUCGGCGGCGGCGGCGAGGGAGGCGGCGAGGGAGGCGGGCUCGGCGGCGGCGGCGAGGGAGGCGGCGAGGGAGGCGGGCUCGGCGGCGGCGGCGAGGGAGGCGGCGAGGGAGGCGGAGAGGGCGGCGGCGGCGAGGGAGGCGGCGAGGGAGGCGGGCUCGGCGGCGGCGGCGAGGGAGGCGGCGAGGGAGGCGGGCUCGGCGGCGGAGGCGAGGGAGGCGGCGAGGGAGGCGGGCUCGGCGGCGGAGGCGAGGGAGGCGGCGAGGGAGGCGGAGAGGGCGGCGGCGGCGAGGGAGGCGGCGAGGGAGGCGGAGAGGGCGGCGGCGGCGAGGGAGGCGGCGAGGGAGGCGGGCUCGGCGGCGGCGGUGAGGGAGGCGGCGAGGGAGGCGGGCUCGGCGGCGGCGGCGAGGGAGGCGGCGAGGGAGGCGGAGAGGGCGGCGGCGGCGAGGGAGGCGGCGAGGGAGGCGGAGAGGGCGGCGGCGGCGAGGGAGGCGGCGAGGGAGGCGGGCUCGGCGGCGGCGGCGAGGGAGGCGGCGAGGGAGGCGGGCUCGGCGGCGGAGGCGAGGGAGGCGGCGAGGGAGGCGGAGAGGGCGGCGGCGGCGAGGGAGGCGGCGAGGGAGGCGGGCUCGGCGGCGGCGGCGAGGGAGGCGGCGAGGGAGGCGGGCUCGGCGGCGGCGGCGAGGGAGGCGGCGAGGGAGGCGGAGAGGGCGGCGGCGGCGAGGGAGGCGGCGAGGGAGGCGGAGAGGGCGGCGGCGGCGAGGGAGGCGGCGAGGGAGGCGGGCUCGGCGGCGGAGGCGAGGGAGGCGGCGAGGGAGGCGGAGAGGGCGGCGGCGGCGAGGGAGGCGGCGAGGGAGGCGGGCUCGGCGGCGGAGGCGAGGGAGGCGGCGAGGGAGGCGGAGAGGGCGGCGGCGGCGACGGAGGCGGCGAGGGAGGCGGGCUCGGCGGCGGCGGCGAGGGAGGCGGCGAGGGAGGCGGGCUCGGCGGCGGCGGCGAGGGAGGCGGCGAGGGAGGCGGGCUCGGCGGCGGCGGCGAGGGAGGCGGCGAGGGAGGCGGAGAGGGCGGCGGCGGCGAGGGAGGCGGCGAGGGAGGCGGAGAGGGCGGCGGCGGCGAGGGAGGCGGCGAGGGAGGCGGGCUCGGCGGCGGCGGCGAGGGAGGCGGCGAGGGAGGCGGAGUCGGCGGCGGCGGCGAGGGAGGCGGCGAGGGAGGCGGACUCGGCGGCGGCGGCGAGGGAGGCGGCGAGGGAGGCGGAGUCGGCGGCGGCGGCGAGGGAGGCGGCGAGGGAGGCGGAGUCGGCGGCGGCGGCGAGGGAGGCGGCGAGGGAGGCGGGCUCGGCGGCGGCGGCGAGGGAGGCGGCGAGGGAGGCGGAGUCGGCGGCGGCGGCGAGGGAGGCGGCGAGGGAGGCGGGCUCGGCGGCGGCGGCGAGGGAGGCGGCGAGGGAGGCGGAGAGGGCGGCGGCGGCGAGGGAGGCGGCGAGGGAGGCGGGCUCGGCGGCGGCGGCGAGGGAGGCGGCGAGGGAGGCGGGCUCGGCGGCGGAGGCGAGGGAGGCGGCGAGGGAGGCGGGCUCGGCGGCGGCGGUGAGGGAGGCGGCGAGGGAGGCGGAGAGGGCGGCGGCGGCGAGGGAGGCGGCGAGGGAGGCGGAGAGGGCGGCGGCGGCGAGGGAGGCGGCGAGGGAGGCGGGCUCGGCGGCGGAGGCGAGGGAGGCGGCGAGGGAGGCGGGCUCGGCGGCGGAGGCGAGGGAGGCGGCGAGGGAGGCGGAGAGGGCGGCGGAGGCGAGGGAGGCGGCGAGGGAGGCGGAGAGGGCGGCGGCGGCGAGGGAGGCGGCGAGGGAGGCGGAGAGGGCGGCGGCGGCGAGGGAGGCGGCGAGGGAGGCGGGCUCGGCGGCGGAGGCGAGGGAGGCGGCGAGGGAGGCGGAGAGGGCGGUGGCGGCGAGGGAGGCGGCGAGGGAGGCGGAGAGGGCGGCGGCGGCGAGGGAGGCGGCGAGGGAGGCGGAGAGGGCGGCGGCGGCGAGGGAGGCGGCGAGGGAGGCGGGCUCGGCGGCGGAGGCGAGGGAGGCGGCGAGGGAGGCGGGCUCGGCGGCGGAGGCGAGGGAGGCGGCGAGGGAGGCGGGCUCGGCGGCGGCGGCGAGGGAGGCGGCGAGGGAGGCGGAGAGGGCGGCGGCGGCGAGGGAGGCGGCGAGGGAGGCGGAGAGGGCGGCGGCGGCGAGGGAGGCGGCGAGGGAGGCGGGCUCGGCGGCGGCGGCGAGGGAGGCGGCGAGGGAGGCGGAGAGGGCGGCGGCGGCGAGGGAGGCGGCGAGGGAGGCGGAGAGGGCGGCGGCGGCGAGGGAGGCGGCGAGGGAGGCGGGCUCGGCGGCGGCGGCGAGGGAGGCGGCGAGGGAGGCGGGCUCGGCGGCGGCGGCGAGGGAGGCGGCGAGGGAGGCGGGCUCGGCGGCGGCGGCGAGGGAGGCGGCGAGGGAGGCGGAGAGGGCGGCGGCGGCGAGGGAGGCGGCGAGGGAGGCGGGCUCGGCGGCGGAGGCGAGGGAGGCGGCGAGGGAGGCGGGCUCGGCGGCGGCGGCGAGGGAGGCGGCGAGGGAGGCGGGCUCGGCGGCGGCGGCGAGGGAGGCGGCGAGGGAGGCGGGCUCGGCGGCGGCGGCGAGGGAGGCGGCGAGGGAGGCGGGCUCGGCGGCGGCGGCGAGGGAGGCGGCGAGGGAGGCGGAGAGGGCGGCGGCGGCGAGGGAGGCGGCGAGGGAGGCGGGCUCGGCGGCGGCGGCGAGGGAGGCGGCGAGGGAGGCGGGCUCGGCGGCGGCGGCGAGGGAGGCGGCGAGGGAGGCGGGCUCGGCGGCGUCGGCGAGGAAGGCGGCGAUGGCGGCGACGGCGGAGGCGGCGAGGGCGGCGGAGAGGGCGGCGGCGACGGCGGAGGAGGCGAGGGCGGCGGCGUAGGCGGCGGCGGCGGCGGAGGAUAUGUUUGUCGCGGAUUGAAGGCGGAGAAGAGAAAGUUUCGCCCCGAAUCAUAA